CCCUAGGGAUUUAAAUACUCUAUAUUUUCUCCAGCUCUAUUUGCCCCUCGCCAACUUUCUUCUUCUCCUUCCUUCCUACUUCUCCGCCAUUCUUAUCGCUCUAAUAAAACCCUUUCACGCUCUACUCAAUUCAAUUGAGCUCUCUCUAGGUCUCUUGUACGGAAAACUCCAAUCGAGUCCACCACUGCCUCUGAUCGUGUGUUUGUCUAAGUGGUGUCUCGAUUUCCAAACUCCUCGGAAGAUGGAUCUGCCUAGCCUCGCUUUGAUCCUCCGAGCCGCCGCGCUCAGCCCCAAUCCCGAUGAACGCAAAGCUUCCGAGCAGCAGCUCAAUCAGUUGCAGCACACGCCGCAGCAUUUGGUGAGGUUAUUGCAGAUAGUCGUGGAUGGAAACUGUGACAUGGCGGUGCGUCAGAUUGCUAGUAUUCAGUUCAAGAACUUCAUUGCUAAGAACUGGUCACCUGUUGAUUCUGGAGAGCAGUCGAGGAUAUUGCAAAGCGACAAAGAGUUGGUGAGGGACAACAUCCUCGUCUAUGUCACCCAAGUUCCAACCUUACUCAGAUCACAACUUGGAGAAUGUCUCAAGACAAUUAUUUAUGCUGACUACCCAGAACAAUGGCCACGUCUACUGGAUUGGGUGAAGUACAACUUGCAGAAUCAACAGAUUUAUGGAGCUUUGUUUGUGUUGCGGAUACUCUCUAGAAAAUAUGAGUUCAAGUCAGACGAGGAGAGAACACCAGUUUCCCGCAUUGUGGAGGAGACAUUUCCUGUACUUCUGACUAUUUUUAAUGGGCUUAUUCAGAUAGAAAAUCCCUCACUGGAGAUAGCAGAAUUUAUGAAGCUGAUAUGCAAAAUAUUUUGGUCAUCCAUAUAUCUGGAGCUCCCAAAGCAAUUAGCUGAUCCAAACGUAUUCAAUGCAUGGAUGCUUCUGUUUUUAACUGUUUCCGAACGUCCUGUUCCAGUUGAAGGCCAACCUAUGGACCCGGAACUUAGAAAAUCUUGGGGCUGGUGGAAGGUCAAGAAGUGGACAGUGCACAUCUUAAACAGGCUCUACAGUCGAUUUGGAGACCCAAAACUUCAGACUCUAGAAAACAAACCUUUCGCCCAGAUGUUUCAAAAGACUUAUGCAGGCAGAAUUUUGGAAGGGCACCUAAAUUUUCUGAAUACUAUUCGUCUUGGAGGCUAUAUUCCUGACAGAGUUACCAAUCUUCUCCUUCAGUACUUAAGUAACAGCAUUUCGAAGAAUAGCAUGUACAGCCUACUGCUGCCUCGGCUGGAUGUUCUGCUUUUUGAGAUUGUUUUCCCUCUAAUGUGCUUUAAUGACUCUGAUCAAAAACUUUGGGAGGAAGACCCACAUGAAUAUGUGAGGAAAGGUUACAAUAUCAUCGAAGACUUGUACAGUCCGCGAACAGCGUCUAUGGACUUCGUAAAUGAAUUGGUUCAAAAACGUGGGAAAGAGAACCUCCCAAAGUUUGUUCAGUUUGUUGUAGGGAUCUUCAGGAGUUAUGACGAAGCUCCUGCCGAACAUAAACCCUACCGUCAAAAAGAUGGUGCUAUGCUUGCUGUUGGAGCUCUUUGUGAUAAACUGAAAAAAACGGAGCCCUAUAAAUCUGAACUAGAGCAUAUGUUGGUGCAACAUAUUUUUCCUGAAUUCAGUAGUCCAGCUGGACAUCUUAGAGCAAAGGCCGCAUGGGUAGCCGGACAAUAUGCCCAUAUCAACUUCUCAGACCAGAACAACUUUCGUAAAGCAUUGCACAGUGUUGUUUCGGGAAUGCGCGAUCCUGAUCUCCCUGUCCGUAUUGAUUCAGUUUUUGCAUUACGUUCAUUUGUUGAGGCGUGCAAGGAUUUGAAUGAGAUACGUCCAAUCCUCCCUCAGUUACUUGAUGAAUUUUUCAAACUCAUGAAUGAGGUAGAGAAUGAAGACCUUGUUUUUACGUUGGAGACCAUUGUCGAUAAGUUCGGUGAGGAGAUGGCUCCUUUUGCUUUUGGAUUAUGCCAAAAUCUGGCGGCUGCAUUUUGGAGGUGCUUAAACACGUCAGAAGCCGGUGAUGAUUCGGAUGACAUGGGAGCUUUAGCUGCUGUUGGUUGUUUGCGUGCCAUAAGUACAAUCCUUGAAUCUGUUAGCAGUCUUCCUCAGCUGUUUGUCGAGAUAGAACCAACUAUACUUCCAAUAAUGCAGAAAAUGUUGACCACUGAUGGCCACGAUGUAUUUGAAGAAGUUCUGGAGAUUGCAUCAUACAUGACCUUUUAUUCACCUACCAUAUCCUUGGACAUAUGGAGUCUCUGGCCAUUAUUGGUGGAAGCAUUGGUCGAUUGGGCAAUUGAUUUCUUUCCAAAUAUUUUGGUUCCUAUGGACAACUUUAUAUCAAGGGGAACUGCUCAUUUCCUCACUUGCAAGGAGCCCGACUACCAGCAAAGUCUAUUUAAUGUUCUUUCAACUCUUAUGACCGACAGAAACAUAGAAGACAGUGAUGUUGAAUCUGCUCCAAAGCUUAUUGAAGUUGUUUUCCAGAAUUGCAAAGGACAGGUGGAUCAGUGGGUCGAACCUUAUCUCCGACUCACAGUUGAUCGGUUACAACGAGCGGAGACGUCCUACUUAAAGUCGCUUCUUAUACAAGUGGUAGCAAACAUGCUUUACUACAAUCCAGGUUUAACACUUGGUGUAUUGCAUAACACGGGUCUUGGUUCAACAGUGUUUGAUCUCUGGUUCCAGAUGUUGCAACAAAAGAAGAAGAGUGGCCUACCAGCAAAUUUCAAAAGGGAACACGAUAAAAAGGUUUGCUGCUUGGGUUUGACUUCAUUACUUGCACUCCCGGGUGGUCAGUUCCCCGACGAAGCUCUGCAGCGUGUUUUCAGGGCAACACUUGAUCUUCUUGUUGCAUAUAAGAAUCAGAUAGCUGAAGCAAAGGAGGCAGAAGUAGAUUAUGAGAAUGAGAUGAAUGGACUCGAUAGUGAUGACGAGGAUGAUGAUGGGUCUGAUGGGGAGAUGGGGAUGGAUGAUACCGAGGAUGGAGAUGAAGCAGAAAGCAUGAGACUGAAGAAGUUAGCUGCACAGGCAAAGUCCUACGGAUAUGAUGAUGAAGAUGAAGAUGACGAUGAUUCUGAUGAUGGUAGCGAUGAUGACGAUGAGUUUCAGUCACCCAUCGAUGAAGUGGACGCCUUUGUAUUCUUUGUCGACGCAAUUAGAGUUAUGCAGGCAUCAGAUGCGCAGAGGUUUCAGAACCUUAACCAGUCACUGGACUUCACUUAUCAGGCGAUUGCAAACGGAAUCGCACAGCAUGCAGAGGUGAGAAGAGUGGAGAUCGAGAAGGAGAAGCAAAAGAAGGCAGCAGAAGCCGCUGGCACUCCUGUUCCUGCUAUAUGAUUCUCAAGCUUGGAUGAUCAGAAGUCAUAGUGUCUGAGAAGGCACAAAUAUUCAUUUUGGUGAGAUUCAUUACCGUCUGCUUCCACGUUAUACAAACAAAGAAGCAUAUUUUUUGUGGAUUUUAGAAACAUCAUUAUCUCCAGAGCCUUGUGAAACCGUGUGGUUGCGGUCAGAAGGUUUGAGUGUUUUUUGGUGAGGUUGAUUGACGAUGAUGAUGGGGGUCUCUUAUGGUCUGAAGAGAAGGUGUAAACUCUUUUUGCAUGGUUCUGUGUGUUGUGUCUUUGUCACUUCUUCUGGAUUGGUUGCAUUCAUAAAGGAGGUUUAUUUUUGGGGGUAUGGUAGGGGAUUUUGUGUACUCUUUUAUCUACAUUAUGUCUUUGUCUCUUUGGGACGUGUUAGUUUUGUUUGGAAAGUUAUAUUGAAAUUUGUGAUCUCACACAGAGAUCAGCAAAGGUUACACUUCAGUUUGUACA